AAACUACGAAGAAGAAACCUAAGAAGAAAGCUGGUCCCUCUCCUAUAGAAAAUCAGCUGAUUGAAGCAGGGGAUUUCAUGAAGUAUAAGCUGGCUGAGUUUGAUGCUUGCACUUCAGAAAUGGAGAGGGUUGAUCUUGUUUACAAAACAAUCCCAGAAGAUGCAACUACUAUUGAUCGACUGUGGCCGAAUCAGCUUCUCAAUAAAGACUCCAGAAUAAGAAGGGAGUUAUUGAAUGCUGGAAUGGAUCUUCUGGUGAAUGGCGAGUAUGAGAGUGCACUAGAGAAGUAUAAUCGUGCAGCAUUGUACAGCUCAGGCAAAGGAUUGGCAAUUUCUCUAGCAAGACGAGGAGCAUUUCUACUACAGACCUUGGAUCAUAACUUAGCUUUAAGAGAUUUAUCCCUAGCUCUUGAGUAUGGAUGUCUGGAAAAUGAACUGAUGGACUUUCUAUUAGAUCAUUACGAACAAGAUAUUCCCUCUGAGUUAAUUGUUGGAAAGAAAUAUGAAAUGAAGUAUAACAGAUCAGUUCUGAAACGAGAUCAGAAUCCAAUAGUGUUUAGAAUAAGGAAUGUUCUAGAAGCGAUAUCCCUCCUUCGCAAGAGAAAUACCCCUGAAGCAAAGCAAGAAAAAGCUCUGAAAAUGGCAGAGAUCCUAGGAUAUAUAAAAGACUCCGAAGAAUCAUCAGAUUUUACAAAAAACAUAGAAACAAAAGAGUUUCAGAUUCCUAGCAUAGCACAGAAAAAUUCCAGAUUCUCUGCAUUUUCAGAAAGUGUAUCAAUUGCAUUUGACCCGGAAAAGGGGAGAUAUUUAGUUGCAACAAAGGAUAUUUUGGCUGGAGCUCUAAUAGGGAUAGAGGAAGGUUUAUCAACCCUACUCUAUCCUGAGAAGAUGAACAACACCAUUUCUCAUUGCCAACAUUGUUUCAAGUUUACUAAAUGUCCUCUUCCUUGCGAGACAUGUUGUUCAGUUGUGUUCUGUUCAAUUAAAUGCAGACAAUUAGCGUCUGAGAGCUAUCACAAGUAUGAAUGUGAAAUGCGGAUUUAUGAAAUCAUACCCUUGGAAUCUUUAGAAAUGGCUCCGUUCUUUUUAGUACUCCGAACAUUGACACAAGAAAGCCUUCAGUUUUUCAUCGAUAAUGGAGAGUCCUUUGAACAGUUUUUAAAUGUAGAGGAACCAAUUCAUCCGUUCGAUGGACGGAAUAUGGAGUGUCUAAAGCACUUGGACAUGAUGAAUCUUGUCACACACAUGAACAACAUACCUGAGGACAAAUCCAUGAAGUGUGCUGUAAUCUCAGUUUACAUUCUGAGAUGCUUACAGCAUGGAAAGUAUUUCAAGAAUCACGUUCCUCAGAGAAAAAAAGGCGACCGAACCCUUCAUAAACAUGAAUAUCUUAUGUUAAGAAUCAUUCACCAUCUAGUGUUUGUACAACUUCACAAUUCCCAACCCAUAAAUAAACUUAUCACUGAACCUGGAAAAUUCUCAUGGGAAAGAAUGGGAAUAUCAUUAAAUACAAACAUAGCUCUGGUCAAUCAUAACUGUGAUCCCAAUUCGUUUAUUUUCCAUCUGGAUAAACAUGUACUAUUAUUAGCCUCUACGCAUAUAAAGGAAGGAGAGGAAAUUUCUAUUUCUUAUGUUCCAACAUACCUCUAUCUUAAUAUUGAAAAACGAGAAUACAGACUUUUGAAAAACUUUGAGUUUCAGUGUGAAUGUCGAGCAUGUAUUGAAAAAUGGAAACUUAUUGAUGAUAUUCCAGAUAUACUUCCUCGUAUUCCAAACUUUGAGCAGGAACGCUGUUUUGUUGUCAGACAUGGGGAUAAAAAACAAAUUUGUGAUGAAAUUAAUGGUGCUAGAUGGAUGGCGGAUUUUGGUCUUAAUUCAGAUUCAUUUGAAGUUGCUCAAGAGGCGUUGGAUACGUUGUGUCAAUCCCUGAUCACUCAUGUCAGGAAACCCCAUUUACAUUUUGUUGAAGCAUGUGAGCUAGUAGAAAAGUUAAUAAUUAGUCGAUAUAUUGGAUUUACUAUGACCGAACUUGCUAAAAUUGAGGCAGAGGCUGCUAUUAAAGUUACCAAGGAAACAUCCAAACAGAUGGCAGAGACAGAUGAAAUAUGUCAACCAUUACACAAGUCUAACCCCAACUCUGAAAUCACAAAUCUAAAAAAUGGACACCACAAAAGUGAGCUUAAAUCAAAUUCUAUGGAUACACCUGAAGAGACAGAGAAAAUGGGUACUUCCAAACUAAUUAAAGCUUUUCAAGAACAAAAAGAAAAAAGUUCAAGUCCCCUCCUUUCAGCCAGAUCAAGAUCACCAACAUUACGAAUGUUUUCCUCCCCUGAAAAAAGUGGAGAAAAGAAAAGAAGCGUACUGGAAAGAUUUGAUGACUCCAAGUUAAAAACUGUAUCCUAUCAAGCUCUACAAGAUGUAAAAAAGGCCAAAAGAGAUUUGGUAGAGUCUAUGAAGCGUUUUCCAGCCAAGACAGACAUGGCAGAGCGUAUGGCAGCCUUUCAAUCAAAUGAAAAGGAAAUACCACAAAGAGGUAAAAGCAAAGAGAAAACUGAAAUUAAAGCUGAAACCACCAAGAAGGAAGAUAUGAAAGAAAAUAAUGCCCCACCUACCCCUAAUUCUCAAUUACAUGUGAAUAAAAAGCAAAAAGGGAAUAUAAAAACACUGGAAACUAUUUCAGAGGAAAGAAAGGCAUUUAUGGAAAAAGAUGAUCAAGUUCAAAAAAGAAUAAUCAUCCGAGAAGAAAAGCUAGAAAUUUUAAAAGAAAAAAGCCUGAAAAAAGACAGUGAGCUGACAGCAAAAGAGCUAGAGCUUCAAAAGCUUCGAGAGAGAACAAGGCUUCUUAUGCAGAAAGCUAAAGAAAAGGAGGAAAAUUUUUCAAAGGAAGAAAAGGAAUUUCAAUCAUCAUUGGAAAAAGGUCCAAAGGAUGGAAAAAGUAGGUUGGAUAAAAUUCUCGCCAAAGCAAAUGAAAAAGCAAAUGCAAUGAAGGAGGAAAUGAGAAAAAAACGAGCAAGCGAGGAUGAAGACAACUUGUUAUCUUUUUUAAGAAAGUCUCACAAAAAGGGAGACAGCAUUUAUUCUUUUAUAGAAGAAGAUAAAAAAGAGCCUGUGUCCACUAAAGAAGAGACAACUACAGUACAAGAAGCACAAACAUCUUUCCAAAUAUCAACAGAAAUCUCAGAUGUAGUUUCUACCGCUGGUGCCUGUGCUAACUUUUACAAACCAACAACAUGUAUGGAUAUAAAGAAAGCUGUACAAAAGUCAAUUGACAAAAAACAGAAUGAAGUUAAACACCUUAAAAGGGUUGAAACAAUGUCGAUUUUGAAAAAACAUGUAGAAAAUGGCAUUUCGGUGAACACUCUCAAUAUAAAUAACUCCGAAAUUCAACCAACUGAUGCAAAGCAUUUGUAUUCCAAUGGUCAACAAAAAGAAACAUGUAAGGUGUCCUCAAUCAACUUUUAUCUACCAACAAGUCCCCGUCCUAACCGAGCAGUGCAAGAAAAAAAACCUAUAACUUCAAAGAGUGGUGAUCAUGAAAAGGCUUUAAACCAUAAAAAAAUGCAAUGUAAAUUCCAGAUAGGAGGAGAUGACUCUGAAACUGAAGCUAAUGAGGAGAUAACUACUAGCUUCCAGAACAACUCUGAACCCAUGCACUACUCUGAGAGGUGGAGUAUGAGUCCUGUUUCCCAAGAUGAAAAUGAACGCCAAAGUAGAUCUAAACUUAGAUCUUUGGACAAACCUCCAAUAAUCAUAAAUGGAAAAAUUCAUAGCCCAAAAAGAAAUGAAAGUAAACAUGAGUAUGGCAAGCUAAGUAGAAGAAAAUCCUUAAGUGAUAACUGUUUAAUUUCUAAAUCUAAACGAGCAAAUGCUAAUUGUACCUCAGAAAAAGAUCUUGAUGCAUUUGGCAUCCCUAAAAUCCCCCGGCAGACAAGAAGCAUUUCUUUGAUGAGAGAAACUUUUAUAAAAAGACCAACAAUUGAAACCUCCAACUCUAAGGAAAAACAGAGACGCAUAAGCCAUGAAACAAGAACAAGCUCAGCAGCAGAGUUUAAGUCAUUAUUUGAAAAUGGAAGUGCUUCAAGUAGGAAUUCAAGAUCAAGCACUCCAUGCAAGCCAAUUCAGGUUGACCCCGAACAUCUGAGUAAAAUAAAAACUAAAUUUGAAGAAAUACAAACUGACAACUUGAAACUUCCCUUUCCAAACUACAGGGUCAAACCUCCUCGCCCUCAAGGGAGACCACCACCUCCUCCAAGAAUUUAAUAAAAAAACCAUGAAAUAAAUAAAUAAAACAUU